AUGCCGGCCCAGCGGCCCAGGGCUUCAUUUGAGCCCAUCCCGCCAGAUUUCAACCUCAAAGCGCUGGUGGAGAGCACACCCAACUUUAGCUAUGUCGACCGCAUAUCCUGCGAAAUGAUCGACCAGCAGGGCAUGGAAAACUUCGAAAAGCUCGUGCUGCUACAUGUCGUUGUCGGCGGCAAGCCUCUGGUCAUAGACGGCUUCGAAGACCGUCUUGACCCUUGGACUUUCACUCCAAAAUGGCUGCGCGACAACUGCGGUGAUAAGGUCGAAAAUGCGCGCAACCUCACUGCCAAGGAGAAUCUGCCUCUCACCAUGGCCCACUAUCUGAAGAACAUGGGUCUUCUUACCAACCAAUUCUUCGACAAGCCUGGCGCCUAUAAGGAGAAGGGUAGGCAGAGGGUGUAUCUGAAGGACAUUGAUUGUCCGCCAGUGUGGUGGGACAAAUUGAAGGACCACAUCCCGCCAAUGCUGGCCUAUUUGAAUGACAGCACAGGCGACGUCGGUGGUCCUGGUGCAAAGCCAGAUCCGAAUGCCACUCAGCCAGGCCGUCGACUGGGAAAAGGCAUAGCCAGAGCAGGCGACUUGAUGAGUUCUCUGCCUCCAGAUAUGCGUGCUGAGAAUCUCAUGUGCUAUAUUGGACACGAAGGCACCUAUACUCCUGCCCAUCGCGAGAUGUGCGCUUCGCUCGGACAGAAUCUCAUGGUAGAGGCAUCAAAUACUGUUUCAGAUGACGGAAAGGCCGAGAAGCCCGGGUCUUCAAUCUGGUUCAUGACCGAGUCCAAGGAUCGUCACAUGGUCUCGGAGUACUGGCUCAGCGUUCUCGGCCACGAUAUCGAGGUCGAGAACCAUUUCGCGCAAGUCGUUGCCUGGAAGAAAGCCCCGUUCAGCGUCUACGUUGUGGAGCAGCGUCCUGGCGACUUCAUCUUGAUCCCGCCAUUAGCUCCGCAUCAAGUCUGGAAUCGUGGUACCCGCACCAUGAAGGUUGCAUGGAAUCGCACUACAGUCGAAACUCUCGAGAUGGCCAUCAACGAAGCGCUUCCCAGAAGUCGUAUCGUGUGCCGCGAUGAGCAAUACAAGAAUAAGGCCAUCAUCUACUAUACCCUGCAAAAGUACGCCAGUCUGCUCAUGGACGCGCAGCGACAGGCAGGCAUGAUGCCACGAGAUGCUGCUCACCACUUUCUCUACUCCGGCAAGCUAAAACAGCUCAUCAAGGACUUCAAGCGCCUCUUCGCGCUUUACAGACAAAUUCUGCUGACCGAGAUGUUCAACCCCUCCGAUCGAGAUGUACCGAGGAACAUGACAUACAUUCCAUUCGACUCAAAUGUGACCUGCGCGUACUGCAGAGGCAACAUUUUCAACCGCUUCUUGACAUGCCCGAGCUGCAAAGACCGCCUCGGUCAUGGCGCUGAUGAGGAUGGCGAUCCAUAUGACGUGUGUAUGGACUGCUAUGCCAUGGGCCGUUCAUGUGCUUGCAUCAGCGGGCUGCAAUGGGUGGAGCAGUUCAAGUGGAAGGAGCUCGUCAGCAAAUAUGACGGUUGGAGAAAGCUGAUUGUCGAGCUCGACGGCGGUCAGGUCACUCAAAAGACCCCACUUCCCCUUACCGAAGAAUUCAAGAGAUAUGGCAAGAAGACUUUGGCCGAGGUUUGCAAAGACCAACUCAAGAGGCGACCAUUCAAGGAUCUCAACAAGCCCGACGAACCGAAAGAUGAUGACGAGUCGGACGAGGAGAUUGUGGUCGGCGACGAUGGCACGGUCAAGAAGCUGCAAAAGAAGAAGUCCAAGACCUUCCUCAAGAACAACAAGCCUUGUCACAUUUGCUGCCACCGACAUCCGAUCUGGAAGAUGGCACAGUGCACAACCUGCGAUCGAGCGUGGUGUUACGGCUCACUUUUCCGGGGAUGGGACAAAAUGCCCCAGGAAAUUAUGGAGAAUCCAGACUGGUCCUGCCCACACUGUUUAGGUAUCUGCUUUGCCGGAGCUUGCAAACGCGAAGGUAAGAUGACUCCAUAUGAGCCGAAAGGUACCUUACUGGGCCACGACACCAAGAAAGUGGCCGACGUGCGGUCCGUCGAAGCGUUGGUGGACUUCUCAGUCAGCAAUCUGAAUUGGCUUAAGGACGAUGAUCCUGCGAACCGCGCAGAUUCGCGUCGCCUUAAGAAGGCAAGAGCGGAAGCU